AUGGCUACUUUAUGUUCAUUAGUUCAAUGUGCUCUAUUGCCUUAUCGAGAAGGAAAUGUUAACAAUAAUUCUGAACGUCAAAUGCUUCAAUUUGACGGGGCUCUAGCUCUGGCUGAUUCCACAACUUCAACAACACUUUCUAAUGGAUCUGAAUGUUUUGAUAGAUUUAAAAAUGAUUUUAAGGAGUGGGGGCAUAUAAUUAAUGAAUUGGAGGUUAUUAGAGGGGAUUUGGAUUUGCUUAAACAGGAUGUUCAGGGCAUUUAA